AUGCAGCUAACAGCGCUUGUCCUUGCGGUCACGGCCGCUGCAUUCGUCAUCAUCCCCGAGCUUUCCGAAGCCGACGAGAACAUUUUCAAAGCUCUCCCAAUCAACACCGGACCAUUAUCACUGCCGAUCCCAGCAGAAUCUCACAGGGUUGCUGUUCCGUGCAAGCAAUGUGAAGGCAAAAACAGCAAUUUGCAAUUAAACUUUGAUGUCGUGGAUUACACGAGGCUGUUACUGAAUGGAUUCGAGGUCUACCCCCAUGCCGAUCCCUGGCAUGGCGAUUUGGCGGCAGAUGUCGAGAGUACCGACCGUGAAGCCACAAAGGAGAAGCUGGGUUACAGCUUAGCCAUUUCACCGGAGGCUAUGGAUAAGGAUUCUCACAUUCAGGUCCUUGAUGUGGAACUGCGGGUUAUUGAAGUCGGGAAUCGAUUUGUGGACAGCGUGCCGGUUGUUAAUGUGAAGCUUAUCAACGUGCCUUCCGGGGAACUUGCCAUUGCCGUAGUCGAGACCACUUCGACCAAGAUUUCUGGUUGCCACUCAAUGGCCUGUCAGGCAAAGGAAGUCAUGGCAGACGCGCUCAAGGCCAUCAAGGGUUUCAGGCCAUUCAAGGGAUGCCACCGCCGACCUCAUCACGGCAAGGACAAGGCUCACCAUAAGAGCAAUCCUAAUCGACCUCACUCUGAGAAUGCGCACGAUGGUCUUCGCAAGCACCCUCACCCCCAUCAUCACUUUGGUGACAAUCAUCGCCACGAGUGGGGACGCCUGAUCACCAACCUUGCGGCUCAGAUCUUCCUUCCCGUUCUUUUGGGUUUGCCAUGGGUGUGUGCAGCUUAUUCUUCCGACUUACAGCCUUUAUUCGCGGCAGCCGUGACAAUCGUUUUAGCCUGUGCCCCCAUCGCAGAGGCAGGGCACUACAGACAAGACACGAGGAGGCAGUUGCGUCAGAGAAAGCUGGCUUGA